GCGGUGUUUGUGCUGGCGCCGCCCCGCGCAGCGCCGGAAGCGGGCGCCGCUGGGCCCGGUGGCUGUCCGCCCGCCAUGGAGUUCCCGGACCUGGGAGCCCACUGCUCUUGGGCCGCCUGCCAGCGCCUAGACUUCCUCCCACUGAAGUGCGACGCCUGUGAGCAGAUCUUCUGCACCGACCACAUUGCUUAUGCCCAGCAUGACUGCACCUCUGCCUACAAGAAGGAUGUGCAGGUCCCUGUGUGUCCCCUCUGCAACACCCCAGUGCCUGUGAGGCGGGGGGAGAUGCCUGAUGUGGUGGUGGGAGAGCACAUUGACCGUGACUGCAAGUCCGACCCUGCACAACGCAAGCGCAAGAUCUUCACCAACAAGUGUAUGAAGCCUGGCUGCAGGCAGAAGGAAAUGAUGAAGGUGAUAUGUGACCAGUGCCACAAGAACUACUGCCUCAAGCACCGGCAUCCCCUGGACCAUGACUGCAGUGGGGCAGGGCAUCCUCUCAGCAGAGCAGGGCAUGCUGCAAUUGCAAGAGCUCAGGCAUCUUCCUCCAAAACUGUCACCGCAUCAAGCAGUGGAGCUGCCUGGCCAGCAGACAGCUCCUCUUCUCCAGCCUCUGCCAGAGGAGGUAGGGCAACUGUGUCACAGACUGGCAGCGCCUCCCCUCCGGCUGUCAUGCUGCAGAACGGGCUGAGUGAAGAAGAGGCACUGCAGCGAGCCCUGGAGAUGUCUCUGGCAGAGUCAGCAUGCAGCUCAGUGCAGCCGCCCAGCACACAGGAAGAGGAGGAUCUGGCCCUGGCCCAGGCGCUGUCAGUGAGUGAAGCUGAGUACCAGCAGUCACAGCGGCAGGCACACAGUUCCAAGCCAUCAAACUGCAGCAUGUCGUAAGCUGGUACGGCAGGGUGUGCCAGCAGACACAGCAUCCCACUUGUGACCUGAGUUGCAGCUCUGGCCUCCCACAUGGAUGCCAUGGGGGUUCUGGCCUGGACACUGAUGAUAAGAGCCUCCCACCAGGGACAGCUCAUCUCCCUGGGAGCUGUAAGUGAGCCACGAAGCACACACAGACACCUCAGCACUAGUUCUUGUAUAGAAUGGGUACAGCAAAUUGCUGAUGCCCCUGGAGAGGCGAAGAUGGCAUAGGACGAGCUGAGCACAGGCCAACCAAAGCAAGCAGCAGCUCACGAUGUGCACUUAGCCACAGCUGCCACAGCCAUGUCCCACCACUGCUGGGACUGCAGGGUGAGGCAGAGCUGGCCUGGAGAGAAGUGCUGUGUGAAGAUGUCUCUGCAUGCUUGGACCUAGAGCUGGGAUGCAGCUGCCUGCCUUAGUGGGGGGUUGGGUUUCAUGCUGAGAGGGCUGUGCUGGGACAGUGGCACAGGCAUGGCAUAUGUGCAGCCCCCCAGCAGCAUGAAGGCAGCACCUUACUUGCUCCCUGUGCCUCCCAUGCUGUUUGCAUGCAGAAAAGCACACUGGGCCUUACCCAGCUUGGUUGGGACCUUUCAGACUCAAGAGGGCUGCUUUUCCUUUCUGAUGUAAUUUAACAAGGGCAAUUAACUGAAAAGUAGCAUCAGCAGUGCCAGCAGCAAGUAUAUGGGCAGACUGCAGCUGCCUUCCUGCUGCUCACUGCCCCAGACUAUCCCACGACCCUCCUAAUGCUGCUGGGGGCAGGGAUGCCUCCCUCCUUCCAGCCAUGAAGCAGGAGAUCCUCCUGGGUAGCAGCAGCAUAGACUUCCUUCCUGUAAGCACAGCCCUGAGACUGAAGCCAACCCUUCCUUGCUGGUGUUGGGAGGCAGGAGCUGACCCCUGGAUGGAGGGUGCUUGUUCUGCUGGCUUCUUGCAGGGAUGUGUGCAGCUGUGCUGCUUUCCCACCCCCUCUCUUGAGCUUCUCUGCAGGGCUGAGGUGGGGGUUACAUGCUGGCAGUGCAUCCCUGGAGCAGGAGGUGGGUUCAGGCUGGACUGAGGGAACACUAAGUCUUGUCAAAGUGCUGCUUGGGAUUAAAAUAAAAGCAUAGCACAAGGCGCAGAGAUGCUUUGGGUGAGCAGUUGCUUUGUGUCCAGUCCACAGCAGUGCAGCUCUGUGGCUUGAAGGCACAAGGAGGGCGGCAC